AUUUUUCCGAAACAAAAAUAACUUCUACAACUUUUUUAAAAGCCAACUUAAAACCUUUUAUUUUGCUAAGCAUUUUAACUGAGUCUGUUUUUAAUUGGGCUUGAAAGGUUUAUUUUAUGUGGUACUUGCUGUCUGUCUUUUAUGUUUCUUAGCUUGUGAGGCUUUUGUCUUUUAUGUUUUUAAUCGGGGAAGCUUUGUCUUUUAUGUUUUCUUAUCUUUUGAAGUAUUUGUUUUUUAUGGUUUUAACUUGUGAAGCACCUUGUGACUUUUGUCUGUGAAAGGCGCUAUAUAAAUAAAACUUACUUACUUACUUACAACUUUGUUCCAUUGAACCUUCAUUAUUUGCAUAAAAAUAUCUACUGGAAUUUUUUGACUUUUUUAUAUAUAUUUAUUUUGAAAAUAAAUUUUCAGAAACUGGAAGCCUCAAAAUGCCAACUUCGGAUGCGUUCAGACCGGUUCGCAAAAAAUAUUGUCCAAUUUCAACCAGUCUGUGGCCUGAAAAAGGUUAUGGACUACAGCUAAAGAGCACAGAAUGUGGUGUAUUUUAAAAGGAAGUUAUACGAGCAUGCUUUAAUUUCAAAGAUCUUACAGAAAAAAAAGAAGAAAACUAGCAAAGCAGCAGCAGCGUUUAGGAACAAAACAGGACACAGAGAGGAAUUUACCAACUCAUAACAUUAUGCAAAUGUACAAAGGGUAGGUCUGAUUUUAAGGUCUUAUAGCCCCACCUCAGAGCUCCCCUUAAGGUCUAUUUAAAGGAGAAACAGCUCCAGUCAAACUGCUGGUUUUCAGAAAGCCAAGACUUUGUGCUGGGAGAGUCUACUCGCAAUUUUCCUAAAGUGCAUUUGUUCUGAAUCCAUCACCUAAGUGGUUGUUUCUGGUGAAGAAAACAACUCACAGGAGGAAAACCGCCCGAGAACAGGAAGAUCUACAUCCACAAAUAGUAAAAGUUGAAAUAGCAGCAAAAUGUCCGCCCUGGUACCUUUGAUUGAGGUUGGCGGAUCAGGAGGCAGUCCUUUUACCUUCACUGGUGAAGACAAUGGAGCAACACUGAGGAAGAUAUGGGUGUGGUUUGCAGGGGAUCGUGUAAAAGCUGUGCAAGUGUGGCUGACCGACGGUGGAGUUCAGAAAUUUGGAAAAGAAGGCGGAGAAGUUUUUGAGUUUGAAUUCAAAGACGGAGAGAAAAUUACCUCACUUACACUGUGGGCAAAUGGAGUUGGAACCCGGCUUGGGGGCAUCAAAUUCGAGACGAACCACUCAAGAGAAUUCUUUGCUAAACCAAUUGUAUGUGUACAUACAAAAGAGUACCCAAUUGAUGUUGGAUCUGGCAUUUGUUUGGGAGUUGCGGGGAGAUCAGGUUCAGACAUAGAUUGUAUGGGAUUUUUGUUCAUAAACACAGUCAAAUCAACUGAGCUGACCAAUGUCAACUACCCCACCAUUAAAAACGCCCAUCCCCAGAUUGUUACAGAAGAAGUCAAGUCUUUUACUUACGAAAACGACACUGAGGCUGUUCAGUCAUACACAGCUGAAACAACAAUAACAGUAACAACGAAAUCAUCCUGGUCUUUACCAAACAAAAUGGAAUCAAUGUUUAGUGUGAUUGUUCAGGCAGGAAUCCCCGAGGUUGUUGAGGGUCCUAAUGGUUCCAUCUUUAUAGUGGGACCAGUAAGUUCUUAUGACUUAGAGAACACAAAAGAGACAAGUGACAACUUUUCAUAUCCAGUGCAAGUCCUUCCCAACAAAAGUGUAGAGGUUGGCAUCACCAUUGGUAGAGUUACAGUGGAUCUUCCCUACACAGGAACAGUGGAAGUUACUUGUGACAAUGGAGGUGUUCUCAAGAUCAAUACCAAUGGAGAGUACAAUGGGGUCAUUUACGAUGAUGUAAAAACAGUUGUGAAAGACAAAUAA